CUGAUCUCUUAGACUAAACGAUGGCUCGCCAUUCUAUCAUAGUUCCCUUCUCUCUUGCCUGGGGUCAUUUGCGGCCAGAGUGUGGUCUCGCGGUGAACUUAGUGCGCCGGUACACUGACUUGUUCAUAUCGUUCCUAUGCGAGGUCGACUUUGUCAAUCGUGCGAAGGACGAGAUGUCGCGCCAGUGCCUGUCGGAGGAUGAGCGAAACUCCCUCCUCUCACGCAUUCGCGUUAUUGCAUGUGGUUAUCCUCAACCACCUAUGACACCAGAGCUCUUUCAAAUGAUGAUGUCGAUGGAUCCUCGCGAUGUUCAUAGUCCGUCCAGAGAAACAUGCGCAGACGCGAACGAGAUGAUCGACAAAGUCAUUGACGAGCAGACCUUUGUUGACGAAUUGGGUCAGGAAUGGGGUCCUGUUGGCGCCGUGCCCAAGGUGCUCAUUUGCGAUGUUAUAAUGGGCGGCGUCGCCGUUCCUGCCAAGGAGAAGCACAAUCUAAGUGUGUUCAUUUGGUAUAUCGGGAGCAUUGCAUCUUUCACACGGUCCUUCGCCCCGCCGAAGCAUGGAGGGCGCGGAGAGGGAUUUGCCGACGAGUGUGAAGCGAUCUUCGCCGAUGAAGAAAGGCGGAAUGGGCGUUCUUUCGGCGACGUUGUUCUGGAUAUGUGGAUCAGAGAUCAUCGGGUACCUGGGGACAUUGUGCGCCUUGCUGGCAUGCCUCCCUACUUUCAAUGGGAAGAUUACCCACAGCAAGUAUGGUAUUCCACCAUGUUCAACGUGCUGGUUGGAGGAAGCAAGCUGGUUGAUACUGCCGAUGGGUUCUUGCUGCCGACGCUGGAAGAACUGGAGAAUGAAGGACAUAAGGAUCUGAUUCAAUGGGCUCGUCCUCGUCGUGUGUUGUGCCUGGGUCCACAGCUUCCUCCGGCCUUGCUUUCAGACGCUGCCAGAGCCUCCGCUGAGGCUCUGGCGAAACUGGACGUCAACUUCCAUGCGUCUCCCGCAGUUGAUGUUUCUGACCCGCAUGGGAAACAUACAAGCACUGUAGACACGAACGGGCAUGGUGCAGUUGACCCGGCCAUUGCCUUCCUCGACAAAACGCUCACAGAGUAUGGACCGCACAGUGCAAUAUACAUUUCAUUCGGGACAUUGUUCUUCCCAGGAGAAGAGCACAUGAAGAUUCUCAUCGAGACCUUGCUAGCUCUGGAGAAGCCCAUGCCUUUCGUCCUUGCUAUUUCGAGCGGGCGCUUGUCGGAAGAUAUGAAGGUUGCUGUAGAAAAGAGCAAGCGUGGGUUGGCAGUCGCAUGGGCACCGCAGCAGCCAAUGCUAUCACAUCCUGGAUUAGGGUGGAUGAUUACGCACUGCGGUGGCGGAGGAACAUUUGAAUCUCUGUCCUCCGGCGUACCUGUCAUCGCUUGGCCCUUCAUUGGCGACCAACCCCAGCACGCGCUAUUGGUUUCGCAGGUCCUUGAUACGGGAUUCGACCUACUUCAGGUUCGCAACGGUGCCCCAGGAAUGCCUGCGCUGCGUGGGGAUAUCGCGGCCGGAGGGGUGCCGAUCUUGGGCACGGAAGAGGCGAUCAAGACCGAGCUCCGUGAGACGCUGGAACGUGCGCAGGGUAAAGAUGGGGCGAGGAAGAGGGAGAAUGCGCAGAAGGUCAAGGAGGUGAUCUUGAAUGCGGUGAAGCAAGGCGGAAGUGCACACAAGGCCUUGGGAGAACUUGACCUCUUGUUGUGAAGAUGUGGGAUACUGUCUGUGUUGUAGGCGGUUAGAGGAAGUUUCCUCUUCACGUGUUCAUUACUGUCGAUUUCCGUGGGG